UUUCCAAACAGAAACAAACAUGGCGCCGCGAAAGUGACGGAAAUACAUUAAUGCUUGUUUUAAAGCUGAAUUAUUUUAGUUAGUAAAUGCUUCCGGAAGCUUUCAGGUUUUUUUAGUCAUUUUCGGCGUAUCCUGUCAAAGAGGAAGAAUAACGUUUUCAUCAGUUACUCAAAGCACCAACCAGAAUGUCUGUGAGGAAACAGACUAAGCACAUCUCCUCUGACAGCCAGCAGAUGGAUGAAAACACGCAGGACGAUGACUCUGCCACUGACAGAGACACCGGGGACGAGUUUUCAUCUUUACUUCUUUCAGCACCAUCAACGAGAGAAAAACGCAGGAGGGAGCGGGAAAACAAAGUCAAACUCAAAGCUGUUAAUUCAGAAAUGACAGAAGAGGAGAUGAUGGACCUGGCUCUGCGUCUGAGCGAGCGGGAGGCCAGCGUCUCUGCGCUCCAGCAGCAGCGGGAGGAGGAGGCUGUGAUGAAAGCCAUCCAGGAGAGUAUGGUCAGUGAGACCCAACCGUGUCUAAGCUCCCCGGGGAAAACUCUGCUGGCCAAUGCCUCCCUCAGGCUGGGUUCUCGACGGAAGCUCCUCUACACAAACGGGGUGAGCAGCGCGUCCACCGCCGAUCAGGGACGACCCGAGGCCUGCAGCGCCACACAGCUCGACCUGAAAUCAGAAGCAAACGGAGACAGAAAGAUUCCCUGCUGCAAGAAACGGAAACGAAAAGCAGGAAGUCCUCUGCUGGAGAUGCCAGACUUGUCUCAGAGCUCCUCCUGCAGCUUCGAGCCGUUCUCUGCUGCUCUGGACUCUCCACAGAGCUCCGACUCGACCCAGAUUGAUGACUUCCAGCUCCAGAAGUCCCCGGUGUUCCCGCUGACCAGCUGCAGAGCAGCAGUCCACCUCAACCGGCUGAGCCAAGGUCUGGURGCGUCCUGCCGGAGCUCAGGUUUCGUUUUGUGCUCUCAGGACAGCUGGACUUUAACUGAGCCCAGAAGCCCCACGUUUCCCCAGAGUAACCCCUCAUGUCCCAAAAGUCCAGUGUUCUCAGGGACUGAGCAGGUGGACAAUGGACAGGUGGAGCAUGAGACGUCUCCAAGUGCCUGCAGCCGUCACCGCUCUGAAAACACAGAGUUUAUGUUCUCCUCUCAGGAGAGUUUAUCCUCCUCUGUGGGGUCCCGAGGCUCAAAGAGCCCCGUGUUCCCCAAAAGCCCCCAAAAGCCCAACAUCCUCUCUCCUUCAGAUGGAUUCCACAAGAGCCUUGAUCCAGGGCGGGCAGWGGAGAACCACCAGCCGCCCGUGAGUCCAGUGUUCGGCAAAACUGAACCACAGCUGGGAAAGUCUGCAGGUCCUUCAGAGCACCGGAGCUCUGACUGUGAAGAGAAGCUSUGCAGCCGAGAGAAGAAAGAGUCUGCUGGCUGUCAGGUUGAUGAGUUCACCAUCCGUCCUCCUAAAGCAGAAAAGCGUGAUGAAAAAUCCGAAGACUCUGCUGAGACGGAGCUAACGAGUGACAUGACGUUAAUCUGGACAGAUGAGGAUGAAGACGACAACACGCUGGACGGCUCUCCCAGUCCGGUUUUCCCCGAGGAAAGACCUCUUCAUCAGGCAGAGGGCCAGGCUGCCUCGCCCCCCCACCGGGACCAGACCGGGUCAGAGCACAGGAAGCAGCUUUCCACCACAGAGGAAGAAACACGUCCCGUCGGCAGGAGGGAGGAGGACUGCAGGGCGUCCAYCCCACCUGGGGAGUCGUCAGGUGGGCCAACGGUUCACUACUACUGGGGGGUUCCCUUCUGCCCUCGAGGCCUGGACCCAGACACGUACACCCAGGUGAUCCUAGCUCAGAUGCAGGUCUACCAGACGAGUCUGAAACAGGCUCAGAGGGGUCUGCUGAGGAAGGCUGAGUGGGGGGAGGCCAUCCAGCCACAGCCAGAGAAAUCCCCGUCACCUGAGGCGUCGGCCGAAUCUCCUCAAGUUCCUCUAAGAAAAGGCCUCAGAUUGAGAGGCAGAAAAAUAACCGAAGCUGCUGAGUCACCUCCUGCAGAGGAAGAGGAGAGAAAGGAGGAAGAGGAGGACGAGAUAAAGAAGGAUGAUGAAGAACAGAUGGAUACAGACGACUGUGACGUGUGUCCAGAGACACAACUGAGCAACGACGACACACAGGACCUGACUGAAGCUGAAGCAGAGCCUCCAGCAGAGCAUCCUGAGUCGCCUGAUGUGGAGCUGAUCGYUCAGCUGGAUUCUCCAGUCAGAGACGAACCACAGAAAGAGGACGAAGAGGCAGUGGAUGCUCACACAGAGGCAAAAGGAAACGUGUCGGGCGGCAGCGGCGGCGGCGCUGGAAGUCAUGCUGCGGGAGAAGAAACGGAAGCGAUGGAGGACAGCAGGGAUCCAGAAACAGAGAAGAAAAGGAGCAGAGGUCUUCAGAGGUCUUCCUCUCCCGAGCUGGACUCGGCCGUCGUCCCCCGUAGCCCCGACACCUCCGUGGACUGCCCCCUGUGCCAGGCCUCGUUUCCUGUGAGCGAGAUCGAGCUGCACGCCGCCUACUGCGACGGAGAGGUGGCCGUCGUAGACAAGAGGGACGACCAGUUCCAAGAGUCGGUGAAGCUUCCCAGAAAACGGACGAGGAGAGCGGAGCGGACAGCUGUGGGAAUAAACGACUCGUCUGACGUCUGCAGUAACCAGGAGAAGUGUUACAUUUGUCAGAAAGCCGUCCCUCUCAGGGAAUACACCCGACACACUGAGUCCUGCCUGGAAAGAGCACGACCUAAGGCUAACCUGCUGUCGGCUCUGGAGCGAGCUGAGAGCAGACGUUCAGAGCCCGGGCCGUCUGGAUCCAGAGUCCAGCCAGAUGCCAUCAUUGAUCUGCGGGACAACGAUGAUGAUGAUGAGGAGGAGGAGGAGGCAGCUUCAGCCUUCAGGAUCAGCGACUCUCCCAUCAGGUCCUUCACCUCCAUCUCUGAAGCCACCGGGUGCCUCGUCGACUUCAAACAACACCGAGCCAGGAAGCCGGGUCAGCGGCGAAGAUGACCACGUGAUGAAGGCUGGCUGAAAGUCCUGGAACCUGGAGCCUUAAAAACAAACCUGGAGCUCGUCAGGUUUCAAAUUCAACACCUCCGARACCAGCUUUUAGGACUUUAUGCAGACAACUGAGAGCUUGAAUAUUGUCAGACUACCUCCUCUUGUAUCAAAUCAUUCCCUUUAACUUACUGUAGCUUUGCUUCUAAACUCAMAUUAAAUGUUUCUGAUCAAGUGAACGCAUCAAAAACGAACACUUCUCCUUUCAGAAACACAACCUAAUCUGUGACUGAWGCCUCCUAGUUUUAGGUUCAAUCAGUGUCUGAAUUCAGCAAGUCUAACUAAACAUAGAAUAAAAAGGUACAUUUAUUUUAAAGUUGGAUGUUUUGUUGAAAAACUCUGUUUAAUGGUUCMACAUUUACACCUGAGAUCAGAAGUAAAACCUACCUGACCACUGA